CAGCAGGCGCACAAUGUCAAGCACGACGCUGCCAGCGCCGGCCUGAUGACCAGAACAGGGCUGGCUUGAUGCUUUGAUGGAACCGUGGCGGGUGCACUCGGCUUGUCUCUACUAUGAAUUAAUUAAUAAUUGGGCGUUUCUAGCUGUGGGCUACUCAGAUUAUUAGUAUUAUUUACCAUCAUAACGGGAUGCUGACCGCCCGCACCGGAUCACCGCUGAGGCAAUUCGCAAGCAUGUGAAGACCCCGACGUGCCGGCCACCACCACCACGCAAAAACACGCUGCGACUCGGCCCCGUGGGGAGGACUGUUUGUCAUUACUUCGUGGAGAUUUCAUAAAUACGGAGCUCCGCACUGUUUCUGACUUCUUCUGCACUCCGUGUUGCUUGAGACUUUGCAAGACGACCAUUUCUGCUUUGUGUUGCCACCCCUUCCCCAUCCAUACCCUUCUUUCUUGCAACAUACACACACGCGACCACCAUCAUGUCGCAAACAUUCUCCAAGGACCAGGUAGCGUCCAAAAACAAGUCUGACGGCCUGUGGGUUAUUAUCGACGAAGAUGUCUAUGACUUGACCAAGUUCCAGGAUGAACAUCCAGGUGGGAAGAAAAUCCUUCAGCGCGUUGCCGGCAAGGACGCCUCCAAACAGUUCUGGAAAUACCACAACGAGGGAAUCUUGAAGAAGUACAAGGGCCAGCUUCAAAUAGGUUCCCUUGACUCUAAGAAAGCGGCUGCUCCUGCUGCUCCUGCGCCUGCUGCUCCUGCUCCGGCUAAGCCUCAGGUCUCCUCUGAUGUUAAGCCCGCCAAGUCAGACGGCACAUUAGAGCCUUACGGAGAUCUUAUUCCCUUUGCUGACCCCUCAUGGUACCAAGGUUACCACUCUCCUUAUUACAACGAGACACACGCCGCUCUCCGUGACGAAGUUCGCCAAUGGGUUGAAAGUGAGAUCGAACCAUAUGUCACUGAAUGGGAUGAGGCCAAGAAAGUACCGGAUAGCAUCUACAAACAGAUGGGUGAACGCGGCUACCUGGGCGGUCUUCUGGGUGUGCAUUUCCCAACUGAGUACACAAAUGCUCGCGUUCAGUCUGUUCCGGUUGACAAGUGGGACAACUACCAUGAGCUCAUUAUCACCGACGAGCUCUCACGCGCCGGUAGCGGUGGUCUCGUUUGGAACUUGAUCGGCGGUUUCGGUAUCGGAUGUCCACCCCUAGUCAAGUACGGCAAGAAGCCCUUGUUGGAUAGAAUCCUCCCCGGUAUUCUUGCCGGUGACAAGCGCAUUUGCCUAGCUAUCACUGAGCCUGAUGCAGGUAGUGAUGUAGCCAACUUGACUUGUGAGGCCAAGUUGAGUGAAGAUGGCAAGCACUAUAUCGUCAACGGCGAGAAGAAGUGGAUCACUAAUGGUAUCUGGUCCGAUUACUUCACUGUUGCCGUCCGCACUGGUGGUGAGGGCAUGAACGGAAUCAGUGUUCUCCUCGUCGAACGUGCGCACGGCGGUGUUAGCACCCGCCGCAUGGACUGCCAGGGUGUCUGGAGCAGUGGCACCACUUACAUCACAUUCGAAGACGUCAAGGUCCCCGUUGAGAACUUGAUUGGCAAGGAGAAUCAGGGCUUCAAAGUCAUCAUGAUGAACUUCAACCACGAGCGUAUUGGUAUCAUCAUCCAGAGUAUCCGGUUUGCUCGUGUCUGCUACGAGGAAUCCGUCAAAUACGGCAACAAGCGUCGUACCUUUGGAAAGAAGCUAAUUGACCAUCCUGUCAUUCGUAUGAAGCUGGCUGACAUGGCUCGCCAAAUCGAAGCCGCUCACAACUGGCUUGAGAACAUCAUCUACCAGGCCCAGUCCAUGGAGGAAACCGAGGCCAUGCUUAAGCUCGGCGGUGCCAUUGCCGGUCUCAAGGCCCAAUCGACGAAGACCUUUGAAUUCUGUGCUCGUGAAGCCAGUCAAAUCUUUGGUGGCCUCAGUUACAGCCGCGGUGGCCAGGGCGGCAAGGUCGAGCGUCUCUACCGUGAUGUUCGUGCCUACGCUAUCCCCGGCGGUAGCGAAGAGAUUAUGCUGGAUCUCAGCAUGCGUCAGAGUUUGAGGGUUCACCAGAUGUUUGGCAUGAAGCUCUAAUUUUACGUCCCGAUACCCUCUUCCAUUUGACGACCCUUUUUCUUUUUCCAUUGGGCAUGCAUAAGACUCAGCUUCCUUGUAUUAUUUCUUUGGUUCGAAUUUUUACCUUUGGGAUUGAUACAUAAGACUUGCGCGUUCGUAGCAUUGGGUUUCCAUGCCUCUAUACAUACCUAGUUAGACGCGAGGCGCAGUGUGUAAAAUAGUUGACUUGUUUGGCCAAGAUAAGCAUUCAAUAUUUCAAUUUUCACUACAUGAAUCUGAAGGCUUCCGUAAUAAUCCAUUUCAAAUGUUC